AUGAACUGGCUAAUAGUUGUUGCGACACUACUAUCCGUACUGGCUGUUGUUUCAUCGGCUCAGUCGGUCCCAUCGGAUUCACACCCAUUGUUGUUUGUAUCUAAGUCUGUUUCGGAUGACUAUGUGGUGGUGGGAAAUAAUGUGGAGUUUACUGUCACUGUGUACAACUAUGGACAGAGCCCAGCGGCAGAUGUAACCAUUACGGAUGUGCUGGUUGACGGCUCUGUACGAACAAAGCACAUUGACAUGCUCUCUUUUGGUGAGUCAGCGGUGCUAAAGUAUACCGUGACACCCAAGGAACUUGGUAGUUACGCUACCGACGUUGCACAAGUGACGUAUGCGCUUCAGAAGGGAAAACCAGCCACAGAGAAGGCCUACAGCAACAUGAUCCGCGAAGGUAAUGCCUACUUCCUUGGCGAAGGUUACGAUGAUGAAAGCUUUCGUGGUGUGGUAUCUGUUGUCACGCGCGAUCGCUAUGACCGUCUUCACAAGCGGUACAUUCGUGAAUUUGUCGCUUAUGCUUUUCUUUGCGUUGUUCCAGCAGUUUUUCCACUUGUUAUGUACCGCACGGUGCAGAAUCAAGUGGAUCUACUCAUCCGUCGCUCUAAGAUGAGCAAAUGA